AUGAAGAGCAGGCGUGCCAGUAUCGCAGAAGGUGAAGCCAACUCAGCCAUGGAUAUUGCGCACCAGAUCUACCGACUGGGAAGUCAGCCAACAUUGAGCCGGACUACAUCAGCUAUACCGGGUGGCAAUGUCUAUGGCAGAGCCCCAGCGUCUCGUCUGGAUCGCACUCAGAGACGCCCUAUAACGGCUAUUCUCGGUCAUUCUCUGCCGCCAAUCGACAUGAUGCGGACACUCUUGGAAGAGUACUUCGACUCUGUGCAUUGGUUUAGCUUGGUCAUCUAUGAGCCAAGAUUCCGGCCAAAACUCGACUCUAUCAAGGAUGGCCUUGCUUAUCCGUCGCAGAAGUCAUUCCUCCUCCUCUUGUCUACAGUUGUGGGGAUGGGAGCAUGGUACAAGUCUCACAAGAAGGACGUGGAUACGGACUUCCCAGAUGAGGAUUGGCGCGCCUGGUCGCAGUCCCUCGUUCAAGGCGCGGGUUCCCAAUUGGCUGAACUGAUGGACCAGAGUACCAUCUCGUCUGUUCAGACGUGUAUCUUGCUCGGCUCCUACUAUGUCUACCACGGGAAGCCUAAUCUAUCCUUCGCGUUACUAGGCGCAACCAUUCGAACGGCACAAGCCAUCGGCCUCCACCGCCAGCCGCUACGAGGCGACCCUCACUAUGUCGAAGAGAGGAAAAGAGUCUGGUGGACUAUCUACACAUGGGACCGGUUCGCUUCCAUUACGUACGGACGACCCAUCGGCAUCAACGAGAAGGACUGCAAUACACACCAUCCGAUUGACGUAUGCGAGUCGCCCUACUUCAGGAGAACGAACCCCCCAGACGCCGACUUAACAAUAUGUUACUCGUCCUACCAACGAGAGCUCAACAAACUCUACCUUAUCGCGUCACCCAUCAUCGAGACCAUCUUCGGGAUGCGGGCGGUGGGACCCAACGAACGGCCGAGCGGACCACAAUACACUAAUCAGAUCACGGACGUGACGGAGAAGCUUUGGGCGUGGCGCCGACGUCUGCCGCCUCAUCUUCUACUCGACAUGGCCUCCGACUGCAGUAUGGAUCAAUCACGCACCGCACGGGUGCACCAGCUGCAGGCGUUGUCCCUUCAGCUUACAUUUGACAACCUCCUUAUCAUCUUCAAUCGCCCGUUAAUCGCAAAACAAGUGGACCACCUAAUCAGGACGCAACCGGAAAGCGGGCAUGGUAACGCACUAUCUCCAGCAAGCCUUACGAACACCGAAUCCUCAUUUCAUGCGGUUCAUGAGUCCAGCCCGCUCAACAGAAGCCAUAUGUCGAGCACGGAGCAAUGGUGGGACGCCGCGUUGAGAACAUCGAAGGUGACUGAAUUACCGCGGCUUUCUCAACUAGCCACUGAUAGCCACCUGGUAGCUUUCUUGGCUAUCAAUCUGUUCAACUCCGCCAUCGUCAUGGCUGUGUUGGCGCUGUCUGAUCCACUCUCGGACAGAGCACAGGAAGUGAAAAGGACCAUCACACGCAUCUUUCGCUUGCAAGAGCUACUCGGCAAAAGGACACAGCUCUCGAUGCAGAGUAAUGCGGUCCUCAAAGACGUCAUCCAGAUGCUACUGCGCAGAGAAGCAGAUGCGAUCUUUGGCGAGAGUGAUAUGACAAGAUCGCAUACCGGGACUGCGCAGAUGUCUCGCGUUCACGAGAGCAUGGCGUCAGUACAGAGAGUGUUUCCCGCCCCCCUCGACAACGUCUCCCGUGACGACACAGCUUAUGUCCCGCAAUGGGUCACGAACGACGGUGGCAUGAAUCACCUGCCUAGCGAACACAAUGAUUGGACAAAUGCUAGCACCGGAGACUUGAACCUCGAAGGCGAGCUGGACUGGAUCAGCGAUGAUAACGGUGUUGAUGUUACUGGCAAUGGCCUAUACUGGUUCUGGGAUUCCGUCUGGAACGAGCCACAAUUCUAG